AACAACCCCCCACCCCAUUCAUAUAUCAAGAGAUUAUUGGAUUAUACUACACUAAUUAUUAUAACUACCUUCAUUAUUCUCUCAUUUCCAACUAAUAUAGUACUUUUUCAGCCAAGCCCACUUCCUAUACAAGUUCUUGCAUGCUUGUCUUUCCUACAGAAUUCAAAAAAUAAAUCAGCACCACAAACACCAAAAGGGUUCAAGCAAUUCCCAAAUUUCUUGAUCAGUGGCUUCUAAUUCAAGAUUCUGAAAGGGGUAAAAGAAUUGUUCUUUUCGGAGGAAAAGUUUGCAGGAGAUGGAGAUGGGAAAAGAGAUGUUCCAAACGGUAGCCUUCAGUUUCCACUGUUCAAAUUCAAACUCUUGACAACAUUAAAAGGAAUUUUGAGAAAAACACAACAUUAGCCCAGAAGCAGCAUUGUAAGGAUCAGAAUUCGGAAAUGGACAGUAGCACAUCAACUUCUGAUGAGAAUUAUGAACUGGGAUAUCAGCCUUCUCCUUCUUCUGUGGAUCAAACUGAUCAAUCACUCACAGACACGACGAGCUGUUCAAUUCUGAGUGCCGACUCUUUUGCCUACUGUAGGACUAAUUCUGAGGCCUCAGCUUUCUCAGAGCACACAGAUAGCUUUUCUGAGAUAGCCUCUCCAAGUUGGCGGGGCCUCAAGUCGCCAGCUCGUGCAGCCCUUUCAAGAUUAGGCAUGAGGCAGCACAAGCAUGGAAUGGAUGAAGAAGUAAUGGAUUUAGAACUGGAAUUGAUGAAGGAGAGAUUUUCAAAGCUGUUGUUGGGGGAGGACAUGUCUGGCAGUGGGAAAGGAGUCUGCACUGCUGUUACAAUCUCAAAUGCCAUAACAAACCUCUAUGCUUCUGUAUUUGGUCAACACCAGAGAUUGGAGCCCCUGCAUCCUGAAAAGAAAUUGAUGUGGAAAAGAGAAAUGAACUGCCUUCUAUCUGUAUGUGAUUAUAUAGUGGAAUUCAGUCCCACACUGCAGACUUUAAAAGAUGGGACUACUUUAGAGGUGAUGACAAGUAGACCGAGAUCAGAUAUUUACAUAAACCUUCCUGCCUUGAGAAAACUUGAUGCCAUGCUCCUGGAUAUCCUGGACAGCUUUCAGGUGACUGAGUUUUGGUAUGCAGAACAAGGGAGCAUGUCGGGGAAUUCGACUCGUUCGGGGUCAUUCAGAAGGAUUGUCGUUCAGCCACAGCCUCAGCGCAAAGAGGAAAAAUGGUGGUUGCCGGUUCCUUGUGUCUCCCCAGAUGGCCUCUCUGAGAAAUCUAAGAAACAUUUGCAGCAAAAGCGCGACUGUGCUUACCAAAUUCACAAGGCUGCGAUGGCCAUAAAUAGUGCCAUUCUUGCUGAAAUGCAGAUCCCAGAAUCAUAUAUGGCUUCCCUUCCUAAGGUAAGUGGAAAAGCAAGUGUGGGAGAGACAAUCUACCGCUACAUGUAUAAUGCAGAAAAAUUUUCACCUGAUUAUCUUCUUGACUCUCUCAACAUAAGCUCAGAGCAUGAAGCCCUUGAGCUCGCUGACAAGGUUGAAGCCUCAAUGUACACAUGGCGCCGAAAAAUGUGCAUGACUCACUCAAAAUCCUCAUGGGACAUGGUUAAAGAUCUCAUGUCUGAUGUUGACAGGACUGACAAGAAUCAUGUCUUAGCAGAAAGAGCAGAAACUUUGUUGUUCUGCCUGAAGCAAAGAUAUCCUGAACUUUCACAAACUACAUUGGAUACAAGCAAAAUCCAAUACAAUAAGGAUGUAGGACAGGCAGUGCUGGAGAGCUAUUCCAGAGUAUUGGAAAGUUUAGCAUUUAAUAUUGUUGCUUGGAUUGAGGAUGUACUUUUUGUAGAUAAAACCAUGAAAAAUCAGGAGUAGGUUCUCUAAAGCAACAAAAGUUUUAAGUCCAGUUAUUUGUUCUAGUAUGGCAGAUAGAAGUCCUUCAUAGACAGAAUUUUUUUGGGAUGGAGGGCUAUAUUUAUCAAUGUAAUAUCAUCAAAUUCAUCCAACUGUUUAUCUUUUAAAUCAUUCUUCACUCUUUUAUACAAGGACAGUUCUCCAA